AUGGCGUUCACGAUUCUUAUUUUAACGGCUUUUAUAGCUGCUUCAGUAAAUGCUUCUUUUGUAUGGCAAGACGAUGAUGAUUUUGUAAAGAAACCUGAAUUUAAGUUUCACCAAUUCAAUUUUCCAACAUUCCCUCAUUUAAAUUUCCCAAAAUUCCCAACUUUCCCUAAGAUACCACCUAUCGUGAUCCGAUCCCCUGAAGACAUCGCUAAGCAGAGGGGAUCAAAUUUUAAAGGAAUGGCCGUCAGUUCUUCACAUUCAUCCACUAUAGGUAAAGACGGGAAAGUAAUCGAGACUGGUGGUACCACUAUCGUAACUAAUGACAAUGGUGUGGUCCAAAAAAUUGUACUCGGAGAUAAUCCAUCAGAAGUUAUAUCCAUAAGUAAUUUCAAACCAGUAAUACAAUAUAGAUACCAAUUUGGCAACCCA